AUGUACUUACCCCUGAGUAGACUGACUAAUAGAGAGCGGGUGCUCCAGGGUCCACAGAUAAGCAAGACACCCAUGGAAGCACUGUCUCUGCAUGGUAGGAGACACAAGCCUCAGAACACAAGCAGAUGGGCAGUCUUCAGAUGUCUCACUUUCAAGCAGUUGAAUUUGACAAAAGACACAGUUUUGACUUCCAUGUCCAUCGACAGGUAUGUUGCCGUCUGUAACCCACUCCGCUAUGCAAUCAUUAUGAAUCCGCAGCUGUGCAUGCAGCUUGCCACAGGCUCCUUCGUCCUUGGCUUCCUCAUGCUCCUCCCAGAGAUUGUGUGGAUAUCUACUCUGCCCUUCUGUGGCCCCAAUCAUAUCCGCCAGCUCUUCUGUGACUUAGAACCUGUACUUCUCUUGGCGUGUACCAACACCUCUAUGAUUCUGGUUGAAGAUGUCGUCCAUGCGAUCUCCAUCCUGACCUGUGUCUCUAUCAUUACCCUUUCCUAUUUAAGAAUCAUUACUGUGAUCCUGAGGUUUCCAUCUGGUGAGAGCCGUCAGAGGGAAUUCUCCACGUGCACAGCUCACAUCACUAUUUUCUUGCUGUUUUUUGGCAGUGUGGCUCUCAUGUACCUGUGCUUCUCUGUCACUUUACAGCCACUGCUGGAGAAGAUCAUCGCACUAAUGUUUGCUGUCCUUGCCCCAUUUUUCAAUCCCAUAAUCUAUAGCCUGAGGAACAAAGAUAUGAAAGAUGCCAUUAAGAAAAUGUUCUGUUCUCAAAAGAUAUUCACUGUCUCUGGAGCUAAUGUGAGUUUACCCAUGCUUUUUCAAAGAUGA